GCGCCCCGCCGGCCGCUGGUUGCCUCGAGCGCAGAAAGACUUUGAAGCGCCGAAAGAAGCGCGUGAGGACCAGGAGCCAGACUCCGGUCUUCUUCUUCGUUUACUUUCAGUAGUCACAGACACGGCAAGCAGAACCACAGUCCAGCAGCUCCUGUUUAUCAGGAAGGUGAAGAGUAGGAGGUGGAGGAGAGGAUAGGAAGGGGAGACAGACAGCACCAGUGUCUUGGCGCAUUGGAGCUUAUGGAUUAUUGAGAAGUGAAGGCCAAAACGUGGAUCAAAUAUUUAUGAGGACUUUUUUAAAAAGAAGGAAAAAGACGGAGCGGGGUAGCGCAGAGAUUCCCCGCAGUGGUUCACCUGCCCGUUCCAGUGCCGUGUGUGCGCUCUCACUUGACCAGAGACCAGAGAAGCUGCUGGGUGAAAAAAAAAGGACUGUGCAUCUAGCGCGUGCGUGCGUGUUUGCGAGUGUGCAGCGUGCUGGUGUGCGCGUUUGGAAAGGAGCCCCCCUGCUGCAGUAGCCUACUCGCUCGCCGCGCGGGUACAGGGAUGCCACCGACUUGCUGACGGACCCCCGGUAUCCGCACCCCUCCCGGUCGGACGGACACAUCGACCCCUGCCAUCCCCACUAAUAUGCAAUGGUUUUUUGUGCAGAAGCCGACAGCUGCCGCGUACCGCCGACUUCACGCUAGCGCCGCCGCAUGCCUGUCCGUCGCCGCCGCUCCUCUCCCCGCGCCGCGCGGCAGACGACGCCAUUUGAAGAGGAGCGCUCGGGGGCUUUCCACGCCGCGGCGGCCGGGCAGCAGCAGCGACUGCUCCUCGGCUGAGGACCACCGGCAGCUAGGGCAGCCGGAGGCAGGGACCGAGGAGACAAGCGCCGCGGCGGUUGCUCUCUUCCUGCCGCACGGGGACGACGUCGACGCGGAAUACGUGCGGUUGGUGGUCUCCGAGCUCGUGGGGGAACCGGGCGAGAAAGCGGGCGAGGAGCCGGGCUUCCUGCUCUUAUUCUUGUCUAUGGUGCAGGUCGGGGCGGCCAAGCACCGCCGAACUGAGCCCAACAGCUGGCCGGCUCUGCUGGCAUGCAAACAGGGGGGCGUAUCAGCCCCCAUGCGGUGGGUGAAUUUUAGGCUGCCGCAUCCGGAGCGCCUCUCGUCCCCCACCUCCUCUUCCUCCACUCCUUCCUCCUCCUCCUCCUCCUCUCCCCCCGUCUCAGCCAAAUCCAUGCGGUUUAUUUGGAACAACAUUUUCAGCAAAGGAUCGCAUAUGCUGCAGUGUCUUUGUGGCAGGAGCCUCAAGAAAAACAAGAACCCAACUGAACCACAGCUGAAGGGCAUAGUGACCAGGUUGUUCUGCAGGCAGGGCUUCUAUCUCCAGAUGGGCCAGGAUGGAAGUCUGGACGGGAUCAAAGAUGACAGCACCAACUCCUCUCUGUUUAACUUAAUUCCUGUGGGUCUGAGAGUCGUGGCCAUCCAAUCAGUUAAGACCGGUCUCUACAUCGCAAUGAACGGAGAGGGUCACCUUUACUCCUCGGAACUGUUCACGGCGGAGUGCAAGUUUAAGGAGUCGGUGUUCGAGAACUACUAUGUGAUCUACAGCUCGAUGCUCUACAGGCAGAAAGAGUCGGGUCGGGCCUGGUUUCUUGGCCUCAAUAAAGAGGGACAGGUCAUGAAGGGCAACAGGGUCAAAAAGACCAAACCAGCAGCACAUUUCCUGCCUAAACCCAUAGAAGUUGCGAUGUACCGAGAGCCUUCGUUACACGAUGUAGGAGAGGCAGUUCCUAAACUGGUCGGGUGCCCGCCAUCCAAAAGCACAACCACUGAACCGGUAGUCAUGAAUGGCGGCAAACCAGUCAACAAACCCGACAAGGAGGGGACAUAACCCCGCUCCCUGUUUUCACCUCGCCUGGCUGACGGGAGGCCAGGAGAAGCCACAAACUCGCCCCCACCCCCACUGCUGCGCUCUCCAAAAAAACAAAAACUGCAACAAAAAAGGUAACAAAACGAACAACAGUGGGACCGCACGUCCAGCCUCACCAGGGGGGCCCGUAGAGACCACGCUGCAGUUGACGGCGGGGGGAAAAGGGGAGAAGGAAGACAGUAAAGUCAGGCUGAUGUCUGACUGAUAUUUCUGAACGAGGACAGUAGCAUGUCCUCAUCAUAUGGCAGAACGCAGGACUUAAAAUCGAAACAAAACAAACAGAAAUCAGAAAAACAUGACGUCCUCGCCGGUAUUUUUCUGUGACAAUCUGUAAGAAUGAGGCUGUCGUCCCCCCCGCACCCUCUGUUUCCUUUUCUGUUUUUUCCUUUGCCUGGUUCGCUCGCCUGCUGGUGGCCACAGACACACAUGCACGCAGCGCAGCCUCCCCACAGAAAUCGACCGCGCGUUCCAGUUCGAUCUUUGAGUAAAUAAGGAACAGAUUAAAAGCAUCAGCAAACAUUGGGCGAAGAGAACACCUUAAACCAAACACUGAUGAUUCAGAGGACGCUUAGUCAUCGAUCAAUUAAGAUUUGGCACAGGACAUUCUGUACUAAGCACACGGGGACAUGUGCUUGGAAAUUGCCGAAUGCACUAAAUACAAGGUAAACGCACCGGUUCACCUGUCCCUACUUUUGAUCACAUAAUAAAGAGAGACUUGUCAUGUAUGACCACAUAGCUUAAAGCAUGUUUGACUUCUCAGUAUUCUUUUACUAUCUGUUUCUCAGUUAUUAUUCUAAACAAACAAAGCACUAGUGAUUUUUGAGCUACACUGCUGUACAGACGUAAAUCGGAUUUGAGUUUCUACCUCUGUGUCUUACACCCCCCCACCCCUUUCUUUUGUUUUGGUUCCUUUACAAAUGCUAUGAUUUCCACAUCGCUGACAUAAGUGCAGCUCAGGAGAGGAGGAGGAGGUCGGCUGAUAAAUGAAGAGUUUAGGCAUCGAGUUGCUCAAAUCAGCAUGUAGCUGAGUAUUGAAAGGAGAACGAUUUACACAAAUUCCUUGUUUGUAGCAGAACAGAGAGUAUUGGAGGCAUGCUGGUGUCUAAGCAGCAUGGUAGCAGUCAGUGUUUACAUAGAGUAGCAGAUAUUCUAGACUGGUCGGAUGGCGCUUUAAGCCUGGUAGAACUUUUAGUUUUAUUUUAUUUUUCAAUUGCCUUCCCAUGUACUUGAAAACAAAAGCAGGAAUUAGGAAUACUGAACAGGGUAACUGAUGUUAAAGCCACUGUGUGUAGACUUGAACUUGAACAUCUCUCGCUUGAGUACCCCAGUGUGUCGGAACCAAGGCCAGGUCUAGAUCGGGAAGUGGUGCCAAAAGCCAGUAAAAAAUAUGGAUUUAGCUUCUGGGUCUGACAAACAAAGCAAACGCAGAAGUGCCUUAGAAACCUGUACUCUUUUUAAUGGCCAGCAGGGGGCAACUCGUCUGGUUGAAACGACUUCUGGCUGUAUAGAACUCUACGGGAAAACAGGCCUUGGCUUUCUUGGUCUGUGACCCCUGUAAACACUUACCUGAUGACUUUAUGUGCUUUCAGGUCACGCUGAAUAAAACACCAUUUUCCAUUUUGUCAAUUAUGGUCAUUUUUAGAGUUAGGAUGAUUACCCUGGUCAGCUCAUUGGCUAACAGCUGGUGAUUGCCAAGUCACUAGCCAGUGAGCAACUGAUCCAGUAAACAACAGCCAGAUCUGCGCCUUGUUGUCACCAAGACGCAGUGACGGUAAAAACAUUCAGCUUGAGGCUUUAAAGCAAGAUUUUACUGAGCACUGGGGGACGUAACAGUGGCUAAGUCCGUCUUUUAUACUGGCUUUGGUAUUGCCAAGGGUCUUUUGCAUUAGUCGAACAUUUAGAUUCUUCCAAGAAUUUAACAAAAAAUGCACUGUGAAGGUGGUUCAAUGAAAAAAAUUGCUAAACACAAAUUAUAAACAAUGAUACAAGUGUACUAUCAGCUAAGUAUACUGCAAGGGUCCGCUUAAGUCCAAGUGACAGACUUGGAAGGGCGAAUAUGAAGCUCUGCGUUAUAAUGAACUCGUUCAGGGUUUUCACAGGUCUUCGUGUCUUUAUUAUCAGUUUUCAUUGUGAUUUUAAAAAAAUAACCUAAACUGUAGGAUUAUAACAGUGAGUCAGUAAACAAAUUAUUAAUUAUUAAACACAUUUUAAAACCUCUCAACUCACACAAACAAAUCAGCCACUUCAGUUUUAGUCAUAAUAGCAUUAGCGGGUCCUCUUCAGUGUGCCAGCUUUAGUUUCAUAACAGAUUGUGUCUGGUCCAAGUACAAGGACUUCAAGGUUGCAAAAGGUUCAGUCAUCAUAAAAUAAAAAUUCUUGUUAUAAAAAAAAAUGGCCCUGAAAUUCAUAUUAGUCACUAGUUACCUCUGCCUCAAUGUUUAAGUGCCAUUGUAGCUGAGUCCAGAAGUUUAGUGGUUUUUAAACAUCAAGAGCCACAAAAUAACUCUGUGCUGUGUGAGGAAUGGGCUGGGAAAGAAGAUGAUGUUUGUGAAAUGUCGGGCCGACAGUAAUUACACGAACGAAGCUAAAAUGAGGCACUUAUAAUUAAAAGUAAGAAAAAAACCUCUCAAGUAAUUUAGCCUACGAUAUGUUUUAUAAGGCUUAUAGUGUAAUCUUUGUAAUGUAAACUCGUUAUCCGAGAGCUAACAGAUUCCAAAUAAAUGUGGUGGAAUAAGGAGAAGAAGAUUUUUCUCUGAAAUGUUUAAAGUGGGCGUGUUAAGGUUAUUUCCAGCUUUGUUUUUUUUAGCUUUGCAUGAAAUACUGUUCAAAAUAAUGCUUAUUUGCUGCCCUUUAGCCAGUUGUUUUAGCUCCUCCUUUAAGCCAACUUCCUUCUGAUUGGCUGCCCCUCGUUUACUGGUUCCAGAGCUGUGCGCCUGAGUUUUUGACUCCUGCGUACACUAACUUCUUUAUUUGAAGCUCCGACCAUGUUCGAUGUGAACAUACUCCACUGUAACAGCAUUUGUAUAUAACAGAUUAGAAGAAAAAGCAUGAUCGGUUCCCUUUAAGUCUAUUAAAAUAUGCAGCAUGUGUUUACCUUCCACCUCUGGUUGCAGAUCUGUGUGUCAACGCUGGAUGUGUGAAGAUCCGAGCAAACUGCCUAUCAGCGCUGCAUAAUCAGGCAGGAGAAAUGUUUGCUUUUGGCUGUUACAUUUACACACAGUGGCUUUAAAUCAGCCUGCGCAAUGGCCUUCAGAAAUCUGUGUAGUUUACUUAAAGUGUGGGAAAAAAGGUAGUUUCUUCAGAACACAAUAAAAAAAACACCAAACAGCAUGCAUCAAUCCCAGCGUUGAAUAAAGCGGUUGUAAAAAAUCGAAGCACUCGAGAACGACAGUACAAGGUAGAAAAUCAAAGAGAUCAAACCAAAUAGAUUCCCCCCGCUUCGCCCUCUCACUGUGACUGUCAACAUGGCGCCAGUCUGUUCUGGGCCUGAAUCCUGUUCAGGCUGCCAGCCUUUCUGUUUACUCGUCUUUCUUGUGACGGCAACACUAGAUGCCAAUUAACUCCUCGAGAAGUUACACUAAGUAGU